CUCAGAUCUUUCCCUCUUCAAUUCAUCAUCGUCACGCAAAUCUGUGUUGCAGAUCAGAGAUUCCACCCCCGCCAUGCAUGCAUCGCCGCCUUAAUUAGCUUCUCUGUAAUCUAUAUAUAGUAAUGGCGGCGGAAAACCCUGUCGGCGGCGGCCGCCUGGAAAGCUUGCUCCAAACUGCCGUUCAGUCUGUUCAGUGGACUUACAGCCUUUUCUGGAAGCUUUGUCCACACAAUGGGAUGUUGGUGUGGAGCGAUGGGUAUUAUAACGGAGCUAUAAAGACGAGGAAAACGGUGCAGGGGACGGAGGUUAGUGCGGAAGAGGCUUCCCUCCAUAGAAGUCAGCAGAUUAAGGAGCUUUACGAGUCCCUCUCUUCCACCGCCGAAGAAUCAAACGGUGGCGGCGGCGGCGGCCAGCAGCCGCCACGACGCCCCUCCGCCGCCUUGUCGCCGGAGGACUUGACGGAGUCCGAGUGGUUCUACCUCAUGUGCAUCUCCUUCUCUUUUCCAUCUGCCCUCGGGUUACCAGGCAAGGCCUAUGCAAAACGGCAGCAUAUAUGGCUCACCGGUGCAAAUGAGGUCGAAAGCAAAGUCUUUUCUAGAGCAAUUCUCGCCAAGAGUGCUCGAAUACAGACGGUCGUUUGCAUUCCUCUAAUGGAUGGCGUGGUUGAACUGGGAACAACGGAAAGGGUUAAAGAAGACUAUGAAUUCAUCCAACUUAUCAAGAACCAUUUUUUGGAGCCCCACCCCCACCAUCAUCAUCAUCCAAAGCCUGCAUUAUCUGAGCACUCCUCAUCGGAGCCGCCGUCUCAACAAUUACAUUCCCCGGUCAUGGCUUCCGGCCAUCACCGCCGCCAAGACCGAGCCGAAGAGGAAGAGGAAGACGAGGAGGAGGAAGAAGAAGACGACGACGAAGAAGAUGAAGAGGAAGAGUUGCAGUCGGAUGCUGACGUCAGCCCUAAGAACCAGCAAACCGGCGACCAUGUUAUGGCGACGGCGCCGGAGGAGGAGGGGGAGGAGAACAUUAACGGUGUGGUGGCGGAAACAACGAACGUGGCGGCGGCUAGCGAGCUGAUGCAGUUUGAGAUGUCGGAAAGUAUUCGUCUAGGAACGCCCGACGAUGCCUCCACCGAUUUGGAUUCAGAUUUUCAUCUUCUUCCCCAAAUGCCUCACUGCCAAAACCCUAAUUUCUUAUCUCAUCAAGGAGCCCCUAUUAUGGACGAAUUUUCACGAGAGGAAACCCAUUACUCCGAAACAAUAUCGAGCAUCCUUCGGCAUCAAUGUGGGCAGUGGUCGGAGUUCUCAACCACCGUUGCCGGAGACUACGUCGCCCACUCCGCCACCUCCGCCUUCUCAAGUUGGACCACCGCCGCCACCUCAACCUGUUCCACCCACCGCUCCUCCGCCCAGUGGAUCCUCAAAUUCGCCCUUCUCACCGUCCCAUUUCUCCAUGAAAAAAAUUCUCACGGCGCCGCCGCUACUAUUCCGUCGUCUAAGCUCUGCAAGGCCGCACCGCAAGAAGAGCCCAACGUCAACCACGUCCUGGCGGAGCGCCGCCGCCGGGAAAAGCUGAACGAGCGGUUCAUUAUCCUCCGAUCGCUCGUGCCUUUCGUGACGAAAAUGGACAAGGCCUCCAUCCUCGGCGACACCAUUGAGUACGUCAAGCAGCUGCGCCGAAGAAUCCAGGAGCUGGAGGCGGCGCGUGGGGGCGCGUGGAAGGUUGACCGCCAGUCGAUUACCGGCGGGGUUGCACGGAAGAAUCCAGCCCAGAAAUGUGGGGCCUCCAGAACUCAGAUGGGUCCCAGGCUGAGUAAGAGGGGGGUGAGGACGGCGGAGAGGCCGGCGAAUGACACGGCGGAGGACGCGGUGGUUCAAGUGGAGGUUUCUAUCAUUGAGAGUGAUGCACUGGUGGAGAUUCGGUGCACUUAUAGGGAGGGCUUAAUCUUGGAUGUCAUGCAGAUGCUUAAGGAGCUUGGACUUGAAAUCACGACCGUCCAAUCUUCUGUUAACGGUGGGAUCUUUAGUGCGGAAUUAAGGGCUAAGCUUAAAGAAAAUUUGAAAGGCAGGAAAGCAACAAUCAUGGAAGUGAAAAAGGCAAUUCAUAGUAUAAUUCCUCAGUUUUAGCUAUGGAGAAAUAUGCAUUCCAAGAGACAACAUCAAGGUAGCCACUAGUAGUCUAGUAGUGUAACUCUUGUGGUCACUGUAAAUUUAUAAUACUGCUGCUAUUGUUACAAUGGAUGGAUUACACAAAAAAAUGACCCAGUUGAUAAUAUCAGAGCAAAAUCUAUUCAUUCAAGCAGAUUUCAUGAAUAAAUUAGAAAAACAAUAAGGGAAGAAAGGAGAAA